AUGCAAGGCGGACCGGUACUGCAACCGUUGUCUGUUCUCCAGCAGCAGCACGCGCAAUCUGACCCUUUACAGCAUCCACAGAGCUUCCGCCCGCUCUACUCUGGUCCACAGGGCGCAGCCCCUCCCGCUUUAUCCCAUGGAUCGCCUCCACUUCCGCCCAUCCGGCGUGCAGCUUCCCAGACUCCGCUGCCAGAGGAGAGCCCAGCUAAGCGGCAGUCGAAAUGGGGUCAAGAGGAGGACAAUCUAAUCAUCGAGCUUAGAGGCACAGGAAUGAAAUGGGAAGACAUCGCAAAGCACUUUCCCGGACGAUCAGCCAUCGCGUGCCGACUACGAUACCAAAACUACCUUGAAAAGCGCGCAGUUUGGGACGAAGAGAAGAAAAACAAGCUGGCGCGACUCUAUGCUCGAUUCAAAGACCAGAUGUGGCAGAAGGUGGCCUCGGAGAUGCAAAUCCCCUGGAGGUCCGCCGAGAGCAUGCACUGGCAGCUGGGCGAGCAAGAGAUGAGCGCCCGAGCCAAUGCGCCCGUCUUC